UAACAUGAAAAUAAAUACGAGAGCAAACAAUCCAAUUUGAAAGCGAGUCGUCGUCUUUCUCUUCUACUGAAAUUUUUCUCUGUUAAUUGUUUUGGCCGUUUCCUUCACGCUGAUUCUGUUCAUCUGCAACUUCUUUUUCACGAUCUCAGGAGAAGGAUUUCAGGAACUGGUUUUCAUCGUGAUUUCGCGGUAGCGGAACAGAUCUUGUCGUAUUUGAUUCUUUAUUUGAAAACGUAGACUGGUGAAAGUUUUCUAGAAAUCAGUGUUCUAUGAGCUGCAACUGAUUGCUGUUCAAGUUGUUUCUUCAUUUUAAAAUCUUGAAGUUACUUCAACUUGAAGACCCAUUCUCGCUUUGUACAUCUGAGAGCAAGAUCCUAUCUUUACAACUUGGAGGAUUGUAGAUAGCAUGGGAAUCCUUUAUCGCAGUUCUGUGAAUAGAAAGCCAAACGACAGCAUGAGGCUUAUUAUAGUAACUUUUGUGGGAGUGUUUUUGGGCUUUUUUAUAGGAAUAUCUUUCCCAACAUUAUCACUAACAAAGCUAGGUGUCCCCUCUGGACUUAUCCCGAAAAUUGACCGUAUGUACAAUGCUGACCUAAAAUCAGCCUCUUCUAUCCAAGCACCUAAAAGAUUUCCAUCGAGUGGUAGUAGAGACUUAAAAAAUUCUCAAAAUCUGAAUGGUACCUCAGAGAUUUGGGUUCCAUCAAAUCCUAGAGGAGCCGAAAGACUAGCCCCAGGAAUUGUUGCAGCCGAGUCAGACUUCUAUCUACGUAGAUUGUGGGGUAAUCCCAGUGAGGACUUAACUAGGAAACCAAAUUACCUUGUGACCUUCACUGUCGGUUAUAACCAGAGAGACAACAUUGAUAAAGCAGUAAAAAAGUUUUCAGAGAACUUCACAAUUCUUCUGUUUCACUACGAUGGCCGAACAACUGAAUGGGAUGACUUUGAAUGGUCGAAACGAGCGAUUCACGUGAGUGCUCGAAAGCAGAGUAAAUGGUGGUAUGCCAAACGAUUCUUGCACCCUGACAUCGUUGCACCUUAUGACUACAUCUUUAUGUGGGAUGAAGACCUGGGAGUUGAGAACUUUGAUGCGGAAGAAUAUAUAAAAUUGGUGAAGAAGCAUGGCUUGGAAAUUUCACAACCUGGUUUAGAACCUACCAGAGGGUUGACAUGGCAGAUGACAAAGAAAAGGGAUGAUCUUGAAGUUCAUAAAGAUACUUCGGAAAGGGCAGGAUGGUGCACGGAGCCGAAUUUGCCUCCCUGUGCCGCUUUUGUAGAGAUCAUGGCUCCAGUGUUCUCACGAGAUGCAUGGCGCUGUGUCUGGUAUAUGAUUCAAAACGAUUUAAUCCAUGGGUGGGGUCUUGAUUUUUCCAUUAGAAAAUGUGUGGAGCCUGCACAUGAGAAGAUUGGAGUUGUAGACGCUCAGUGGAUUGUUCAUCAAGGCCUUCCCUCGCUCGGGAGCCAGGGAGAAACUCAAAAUGGGAAAGCGCCAUGGCAAGGGGUGAGAGAAAGAUGUCGGAAGGAGUGGACGAUGUUUCAAAGUCGGUUAGCGAAUGCGGAGAAAGCGUACUUCAAGUCAUUGGGGAUUGAUCCUUCAAAUUCAGCCAAACAUUAAGGGACCCAUCAGACUCUCUUCCAUUAUUAGCACCGUAAUCCCUUGCCAUUUCUCACUGAGUUGUAUAAAUUCGUUAAAUAAUAUUAAUAAUAAUUAAGUUUAGAUUUUUCGGUAGGUAGAUUUUUUUUAUUACAAUAGGGGUAGCAGUUGGAAUAGGACGAAGAUUUGAACCUCCAAGAAAAUAGUGCAUGCCAACCAUUGUUGAGUUAUGCUCACUUUGGCCAAUGCAUAGAACUUUUACUUUAUUUUCGUAUCUUCCAUCUUUCUCAAAACGCUUUAUUUCAUUUUUACGAGUUUACUUUUAUGAAGAAUUUUAGAUG